AUGCCUAGACGGCGAAGUGCUGCUGCUGACGACCGCUCCAAAGUCAACCUCGACUUCAGCGGCGGCCUCACCAAAGUAGUCGCCGCCAGGAGGGAGGUACUUUUCCUGGAGUUCUCUCGCUGGGUUGAGGGCGAACUGAAGUGUUCUUUUCAGCAGGUGGCAAGCUCAGGACUGCUGCUCGGCACCGCUUUAGUCGGGUACGGCAACGCUUUGUUUUACAGUGGAGGUCCAAAGUACGUUUUCUCUGAGACUUUGAAUGCUGUUGUAGACCGGUUUAAGCACUUCCGCGCGUCGCUUGGCGCAGCUUGGAGCAUCCUCACUCGCUGGGAGGAAGAAGAACCUGUGGAAAGGUCCAUGGUUAUGCCAGAGGCUGUCUUUCGAGCCGCCAUCACAGUGGCUUUGCUUUGGCAGUGGCCUCACUUUGCUGCUGCUCUACUUGUGGGCUUCCACGGGCUUCUGAGACCAGGAGAAAUCCUUAAGCUCCGUCGACGAGAUCUGCUUUUGCCGCGAGAUCUGCUCACAUGUACCCAGGUCGCCUACGUGUCGAUCUUGGGAGCAAAAACCCGUAGAUUUCUUCAACGACAGCAUGCCAAAGUUUCAGACUUUUGUUCCGUCAAGUUUCUUGAUGCCCUCUUUGGUCAUUUGCCUGGCAUUGUCCCGCUGUUCGCCUGCUCACCGGCUGUUUUUCGCAAGCGCUGGGAUUUGCUUUUCGGCAGCUUGGGAGUUCCUACAGCCGAGGAUGCUAAAGGCAUCACCCCCAAAUCUUUGAGGGGAUCGGGGCAACAUGGAUGUAUCAUGUAUCAGAUGACAGAGGAUGUCGAGCGCAUUCAAUGGAGGGGGCGCUGGCAACAGUGCCGAACUUUGGAACAUUACUUGCAGGAAGUGGCAGGGCAGUUGCUCCUCGCUGAUCUGACAGAGAGUCAUCGUGCUCGGAUCCUGCACCUCGCAGCUUUUGCCCGUCCACUUCUGCAGCUGUUCACUACCAGUCUUUUGUCUUCUACGCCGGCUGCGGGCGAAGAACGUUUCAGAGUUGGAUAG